UAGUUGAGCUGCGGCAGGGCAUAUUCUUUGAUGGCGGCUUUGAGCGGGAUAUUGACAGGAUGUGUUGAAUGGAUUGUGUGCACACAAGUGUUGUCUCGCGGGUCAACUUGAGGCGACUCGAUGAGUUAUGUUUCAUGCGGGUUCGUAAAAGGAGAGAAGUGAACGGAUGUGGUGAAGGGGGCAAUGCACCUCCGCAAGGACAGCGGUGGUGAGCCAACGGAUGACGUCUCACCCGAGGAACUGAAAGACCGUCGUGCCCGGUGCGUGGCCCUUGAGAGAGCUUAUGUUCAUGACGUGUACGACCAGUUGGCGCCACAUCUCGCCAGGCCACGGAUACUACCUCGCGUUCAAGAAUUCCUACAGGAGCUCGAACUUGGUAGCCUCGUCGCUGAUGUUGGUUGCGGCAGCGGUCAGUACUUAGAAGCGGGUGGAACUGGGUGUACGGGAUGCGACCGGUGUCCAACCUUGGCAGCUGCUGCGGCAGCCCGGGGACACGAGGUCCUGCUUUGCGACGUCCUCAGCCUCCCCUACCGGGACGAGUCAGUGGAUGCCGCUCUCUCCAUUGCGGUCAUCCAUCAUUUAGCCUCUACGGAGAGAAGAGUCCAAGCUCUCCGGGAACUCUCUCGUGUGUUGCGAGUUGGAGGAAGGGUCCUUAUCACGGUCUGGGCAGUGGAGCAGUCACAUAGGAAGUUUGAAUCCCAGGACGUGUUGGUGCCAUAUCGACAGCCGACAAAAAGCAGUAGCGAAGAACGUGGCUCGUCUGUGGAACGCGAACUUACCAGCACCACCACGAGCGAAGACGACCUUCUGAUGUACCAAUCCUACAACGCUCCUUCCGACAGCGACUCUGGCUUCCAUGCCCGACGCCGACGCUGUUCCCACCGUGACGACUCCAGCUCUGAUCUGUCAAGCCCAGGUGAAACGUGCUACAGCUUUGUGCGGCGAGCUCUGCAAAAACUUUCGUCGACGAGUCACAACUCGCGGCCGUACUUUUAUCGAAGUUGCCGCGGAGCCUGGUUCACAGAGGGUCCUUCCCGACCAGAAGAAGAGAAUGAAUCCGACGACAAUGAAUUAAUCGAAUUGAGGCAUCUCGACGCAGGCCUACCGCCGGUGGACCCAAUCACGAGACCUCCUUCCAUUCUCGAUCAAGACAAGACAACAAAAGGGAAGUCAAAGUCGCUCGGUGACGUUCUGAGCAUCAUCCCGUCCAUACUAAGGUCUCGUAGGAAAAAAGAAGGCUGCAAGGAGUUCCAAAAGCGAUGUUCCACAGCGAGCGAUCCACGAGAAUACUUGCGAAGGAUCGUUCAAGAGAAAAACGGCAUCGUACGAUCCAAAUCUACCGUGUCCUGUUUCGCUAGGUUCGAGCACCUUCGAGAAGAUAGCUUGCUUUCUCCUAUGGCAGAAGAUCAUGAGCUGCCGGAAGUAGGCGGGGAAGAAGUUGUGAAUCAGCUGACGUCUUCCGAUAUCGCUAACGGAAAUAGCAUUAUCAACCAAGACCAAUUGUCCACUCUCGUUAAAGGUCAGCUGCAGACAUACAACAAAGAAGAACAAGAUUUGUUUCCGACCAAAAGUUGGUUCAAUUCUUUCAAUAACGCCAACCUAGAGAGAAGGAAUACGGCGACUAUUCAAAGUUACAUCACAGCAAAGAUACAACGAGGGGGUUCAACAGAACUCUUCAAGAAGAGAAUGCGGUUGUACAAUCAACGUUUACAAGAAAAAGCCAUGCUGAAGAACUUGUACAAUCAGUGUGCUGCUGAAGACAAGACAGAAGAGAAACAAGAACUGGCAACGUACUACUCAAUGCCUGAUCUUCACACACUUUGUGAAGGAUCCGUUGAGAAGCUUAGCCGAAAUACCAUCUUCAGAGAUGCGUCCUCCAGACGGAAACAGGAAACAAGUUCCUUUGAGUCAGAUAUAUUCGUCGAAGACGUGGAAGCCACACGAUUGCCACAGACACGACCACGAAUCGUGAAAAGGAGCUUAAGUGUAGGAACUGGAAAUCGACCCUCCGACGCAGAACCGCCAAGAUUCUCCACGUCGUCUCCAUCUACACCGAGGAGUCGGAACGUUUCCGAAGAUUCGGAAGAAUCCGUUAUUUCUGUGGUCCCGCGGAAAUGCAGCAGCCUUCAGAGCGACACCAGUAUCGACAGCGAAGAAAGUAUCAUUUCGGUGAUUCAAAGAAGCAGCAGUGAAAUUGAGGCCAUGCUCCAGAGAAAAGAGCUGCACAGCAAGAGGGCAUCACCACUUAGUAUGACACCGGGCGGUCCUUCAUCGCCUGAGUGUUCACCCACGCGCAAGGUGGCGCCGCCUCUAUUGGGGGGACGCCAGUACCUGGAAAAAUUUGCCGACUGCCAAGUUGUCGUCAUACGCGAUAUUAUUGGAGCUGUCGUGUCCUUUGCUCAUUGUAGGGAUGUCAUUCCGCAGUGGGAGGUGCUCCAAGACCUACCUCAGGAAGAGCCAUUCGAUGUCAUCGGCAAAGAUGACGAAAGCAGUUCUGGAGAUACCAACUCUUACAUGUCAACACCUGAUGCGUCUGUAGCUGCUGAAGGAAGCUGUUGUGGCGACGAUAUUCCGCCAUUAGAUUUUGAUAACAAGGAUCUUGAAGACUACAGCUGUCUGUCGGACUGUGAGGUGCCUAGCCUUAAAGUGACUUCUGCCGAACCGGACUUGUCUAAGUCGGAAACACUCUGUUCUGAUACGGAGACAACUUCGUCUAACGUCCCACAAACAAGCUCGGAAGAAACGAUUGAAGCAUUGUCUCAGAUACUUUUUCUCGAUGUGUGCAAUACACCUUCUCCAGAAACACAGCUAUCGCCGGAGAAAACUAUCAGUGACGACUCGCACGAAGAAGACGCCGACAACGUCAAGCUUGAUCAUGAGGUACAGCCUGAUGAAACUAACAAUUCCAGUCCGUGUGCCACGGGUACUUUAGUGUACCCUCUGUCCGAAGAAAGUGACAAUGACGAUGUAUCCUGCAUUCAACCCAUAAGGCUAACACUUGUCAAGAAGCCACAGUUCACUUUAAGGCCAUCUUUUGCACAGACAGCAAAGUCGUCUGUUGAACAAUCGACAGAGCGAAAUUAUUGGGAGCGCCUCCUACCCGUUGUGCUAUCCAUAGACGCUGCUGAUGAGAACGAUGAUAAGAUAACUGCACCACUACAACAUGUAGCCUCCCCUGAUUCCAGCUUGUCAGAAAACGUAACUACGCAACAACCGCUUUCCCCAUUACACCGUUCCGAUUGUGAGGUAACUACUAGUCCAGAAAUGGUCCACACUUCCGAUGAGCGAUUUCCGCCACAAGUACACUGCUCAGGUUCCACUGGAGGUUCCGUAGAAUGUGCGUCCACUCCAGAAAUGCUAACCCGAUGUCGUACACCAGAAGUGUUCUCGCCUACACACCACUCCAAUCCAAGCUCGGCAGAUAGUCUCUACGUAGCUGUUGCUCGACAUGCCGUGUACCCUGACGAUGAUAGUUCUCCCGACGACUCCUUGGAAAGCAUCGCUGAAUGUAAUGAAGAAGAAGAAGAAAUGAAGGGAGAUUAUUGUUCCUCGUCAAGACGGAAAGCUUUUUCAACAGACGAUAUCCAGACUACAAGCGCUGAAGAAAAAGACAUCGCUACCAGUGAAGAUUUCACCCGCAUCAAAGAUGCAGACGACAAAGUCAUCGCCGCUUCACAGGAUGAUGAUGAUGGUGCUGAAGAGCGCUCGAAGGAUCCUUCCGAUGACAUCCCUUUCAAUAUUAUUAUCGAAGACUACAGCGAGGAAAGUGAUUCCUGUAACGAUCCAAAUGCAACUGAAGAAAGUCCUGCGACGGAUAACUUUGACUCACUUACCGUGAAUGGCCUCGUAUCAAGCACAUCUAAUGGUUCCAGUUCUACGGCCAGUUUUCAGACCGUAAUUCAGUGUCCUGUUCCGGGUUCUGCGGAUACAGAAAAGUUGACAGACGACAAGGUUGAAGACGAUGCAGACAGCAAACGCGACAGACAACACGACAAGAAGGAAUCCAUGUCACUGUCGUCAUCUCAAGAGAGUUUGCACGACACCGACGUUGGAGGCAACUCGCUGACUUUGCAUAGGUACUACCAUGUGUUUCGUGAAGGUGAAUUAGAUAACCUGAUCGACAAGUACGUGCAAAACUUGCACGUCAUUUCGUCGUACUAUGAUCGAGCAAGCUGGUGUGUGAUUGCGGAAAAGGUGCAGGUUUGGACCAUAUGAAGGAUUUCUUGUUGCACCCGGUGUAGAACUGCUAAGACUACGGAACACAUAACGCCUGGAAAUGCGCUGGUAAAUGUACAAGAUAUUUUCUUCACUCGAGGAAUUAAGCGUUCUCCCAUAGUUGCUUAUCGAACAAAGCUAUCCUUAACUCUCAUUAAAGUAGAUGGAUCUUUCUAGAGUAGCAUUCCGCGCAGUCAUAUUCUUGGAAAUUUUUCAAGCUCCUGGUCUGUCAGGAUAUCCCGUAGCCAAACUAUGGAAAGUACGUUUCCUCACUGUUGAACCCCUCAUAAGGCCGAAUAAUUGUUACGAGUCCGUCAUGUAAAAGUUAUCUCAGUUAGCACAUGUCAUCAUCAUGUUGCUGUUAAAUUUGUUAUCUCUUAGAAAGCAAGGGAAACGUCGACCUUGGGAACCACGCCAGAAGGCCGCCCAGGACAAGACUACGCGUUGAGCAAAGACAACGAAUUUUUCUACGUGCUCAGAAGUUUGCUUCGAAUGGCUUUGUAAAUAAAACGGCCUGGCAGAACUCUGCCUAUGUUGGUA